AUGUCUACUCCAUAUAGUACCUUGAUUAUACUGUCAAUUUCAAUCUUGAGUUGUAUGAAAUAUGUAUUUUCUACCAACUUCUAUCGCGAUUUUGACAUAUCAUGGGGCAAUGGCCCUGGAAACAUUCAUAAGAACGGAAAAGUUUUAAUGUUGUCUCUUGAUGGAUACUCUGGUUCUGGGAUCCAAUCUAAGAAAGCGUAUCUAUUUUCAAGAAUCGAUAUGCAGAUCAAGCUUAUUUCUGGAAACUCUGCUGGCACUGUCACCGCAUUUUAUUUAGGAUCAGAAGGUGAUAAUCGUGAUGAGAUAGACAUCGAAUUCUUGGGAAAUCUAACGGGUGAUCCUUAUACGGUUCAUACAAACAUUUACACGAAAGGAAGCGGUUGUAGAGAACAACAAUUUCACCUUUGGUUUGAUCCCACAUCAAGUUUUCACACGUAUACAAUUACCUGGAACCCUUUUAUGAUUGUAAUUUAUGUUGAUGGGACGCCUAUAAGAGUGUUCAAAAACUUGGAAUCGAUUGGAGUUCCAUAUAUGAAGGAUUUGCCAAUGAGUGUGCACUCGAGUCUUUGGAACGCGGAUCAAUGGGCCACUAGAGGGGGCGCGAUAAAGACAAAUUGGACAGAGGCUCCUUUUAAAGCAUGGUUCCGAAAUUAUAAUGCUCGAGGUUGUGUUUGGAUGAAUGGCGAGUCUAGUUGCAUAUCAGGAAGCUCAAAAACUAUAAAUCAAGAUUGGUAUACACAAAAAGACUUGGAUAUAAGUAACAAGAAAAAGCUGAAAUGGGUUCAAGAAAAUCAAAUGAUUUAUGAUUACUGCAAGGACUAUAAUCGCUUCCCUUACGGCAUUCCACAAGAAUGUUACCACAAUUGAUACACUAAGAGGAUCAUGGUUUUUUAUUAUAUUCCUUUUGAUGAAUAAAAAAGUUUAAUCUUCGAAUGCUGGCGGGUCACUGAGUGAGAUUUCUACUCAUUGCAGUCACCUUCGGGCUUCUCCGCCCUGAUUGAAAAGUACAACUUGUUUUUUUUUUUUUUGAAAAGAAGCAUGUGUAUGUGAGUUUGGCUAUGAACAUGUCGGGAGUUGGCACAAGAAUUGAGUUUAUACUAGCUACAUGUAAAGAAUG